AGCGGAACAGAGCCCGGCACGUGCCCAGCCACACACAACGCAGCGCGUGCCCAGCAGUGCAACACAACACAAGACACACAACCCAGCAUGUCCCCAGCAGUGCAACACAACACAACAUACACAACCCAGCAUGUUCCCAGCAGUGCAACACAACACAACAUACACAACCCAGCGCGUGCCCAGCAGUGCAACACAACACAACAUACACAACCCAGCAUGUCCCCAGCAGUGCAACACAACACAACAUACACAACCCAGCAUGUCCCCAGCAGUGCAACACAACAUACACAACCCAGCACGUGCCCAGCAGUGCAACACAACAUACACAACACACACAACCCAGCACGUGGCCAGCAGUGCAACACAACACACACAGCCCAGCACAUCCCCAGCAGUACAACACAACACACACAGCCCAACACAUCCCCAGAAGUGCAACAAUGCAACACAACAUACACAACACACACAGUCCAGCACGUACCCAUCAGUGCAACACAACACAAUACAACAUACACAACCCAACAUGUGCCAAGCAAUGCAACACAACACAACACAACCCAGCCCAGCAAGUCCCCAGCAGUGCGGUGCUACAAAGCAGAGCAAUUGGAGACAAUACAGGGCAUCCCCAGCAACAUGUACACAACCCAACCCAGCAUGUACCCAGCAGUGCAACGCAACACGUACACAACACACAACAGAGCGCCACACAACCGCCUUCCCUAACACACACACAACAGUCCACAAUGCAGUGCGUACACAACACAACACACACAACAGUCCACAAUGCGCUACCUGCACAACAUAGUGCAAGACAACAAGUCCUGAUCCAUCACAACCAGCACACACAGCCCCUCCCAAUGCAACACCUGUCCUGCCCCACCCAACACAGCACAGCAGGGCAGCCAGAGUGCCACACCCUUCACACAGUGCAAACCAUGGGGAACAAAUGCCACACAACAGAGCAAAUACACAACACAGUCACAGUCCAACACAGUCACAGUCCAAUGCAUGCACAACACACCAGUGCAAAUGCACAACACAGUCAUAAUCCAACACACACAGCACAACGGAACAAAUAUACAACACAGUCACAAUCCAACACAGCAGCCACACAACACAACUACAUCCAACACAACAUGCACACAACCCUGCCCAGUGCACACACAACAGAAUCACAACACCACAUACACAAUAGAGCCUUCACACUACCAUUGCACAUAUUACCCAAUCAAAGCAACACAAUCCCAAGCAAUACGCAACACAGGCAAUGCAACCACAAGAUAGCAACUCAGCACAAUCACAACCCGCUCCAGGAGCCUGCCCAGCACACUGAACACAUACCACUCGACAAUACUGGGCAAGCCCAACACCCACAACACCACAACCUAGCAAAACUCGACACAAAGUAUCACCAGACAAUAUAACAACACAACACAACAGUAGGCACAGCACACAGCACAGAGGCCCCGGAAACACAGCACAACCCAGGGAUGUUCAAACACACAGUGCAACACACAGUGCAACACAACACCCUCUGGCGGAGCAGCACAAAAGGUGAAACGGCAUGUGGCACACAACACAAUGCUGCGCUCCAGAGAUAUGCAACAACACAACCACCACUAAACCUCAUACCGAACUAAACAUUGUAUAUGUGGGAGCCAGGACCCCUGGGUUCUCUCCCCAGCUCUGGGAGGGGAGUGGGGUCUAGUGGUUAGAGCAGGGGGCUGGGAGCCAGGACGCCCAGGUCCUUUCUAGCUGUAAGCGACACAGGGGGUCCCAAUUCAGGCCUGGUGGGGGGUGGCUUGGGAUCCCCAUUACACUCCUGUGGGGUUGGGGUUUCCCUUGAAAUUCCAGGCCUCAGCGCACUUUCACUGUUAGUUUUCACUUUCACUUUUCGGGUUUAUUUUUCUUCCGUUUUAAAAGUGGGGUGAAUGGAGCUUUUUGUUUGCUUCUGUCCCAGGCAGCUGAAAUAGUUGGUUAGGGGGUGGGGGGAUCCAGGACUCCUGGGUUCUCUGGCCAGCUCUGGGAGGG